UUUGCUCUUGGCCGAUGUCGCCGCCCGCCCGAUGACGAGGAGACUUCCAUGUGUACGGAGUAUUGAGGUAGGUAGGUACCUUCUGGCAUCUGCAUUGUCACCAUCCCAUUCAUUCAAUUUCCUCGAUGCUUUCUUUUCCAAAUCUACAAUCCCGGGCUCAGCCUCUCCUGCAGCGAUUCAACCUCGGGACGCGUCGACAUCAACGUCAAUGCCAGGCCCUGUAUCCGUAGGCUGUAGGCAAGGUAAUUGAUUGUCACAGCCCGAGGUGCAGCGGAAGGCAUUGCAUCUCCUAUCUUUUCUCCUUCCACAUUCCGAUCCGCGAACGUGGAAGGUACGAAUUUAGUCACUCGCUCCUUCCUGCCUUCCCAAGUUCCUUCCACACACCACUCUACACGGUUCACCCCACUCCACCCGCCCCUACCCGAUUCAUCCUCUU